UUGCUGACAUAACGAGAUUCCUGGAGCGUUGCGGGAUAUUUUCAUCAUCGAUUUGAAAACCGUUCUUUGAAGAUAUUCUAAUACCAGAACGUAAUCAGUAUAUUACAUAGGAUCCGUGUUACUAUGGCGUCCUUGACCUUUGCCUGUGUAACUGUGAUCUGUCUUCAGCUGACGCAAGCGACAUCGACAACAACAUUGAGAAGUACGAUCCCGUCACCAGCAGCAACUGUAACCACACCACCGCGAAUAACGACAGCAUCUCCCACGACGCCAGAUAUGGCUACAUCAAGAACUACGACUAUAUCGACCACAACAUCGGAGAAUCUGGCAGCACACUCUUCAUCAACGUCACGCAUGCCUAAUAAUUCAACUCAAGAUAAUACAGAGACUGGUGGCAUCGAUGACGCUCUUCUCAUCACCUUGUUCUUAGUGACCGUCGUCGUCAUUGUCAUCGUAAUAUGUAUAACAGCAGUUAUCAUCACUCUCAUCAGGAGACAAAGGAACAGGAACUCGAAGGACAAUCCUCCAGAACCUCGCUACGCCAGCUUUGUGCCUCCAGAUGAAGCAGAGGGCUACCGAACUCUUGAUCGUGCUGUGUGCAAGAAUGAAUUCCUACAUCUUGAGGAACGCAAUACUUGUGAAACAGAAGCUGAACCACACUGUGAUAGACUGGAGAUCGAGUUGACAGAAGAUGAUUACACAACCAUUGACGGGGUUGCAGCAGUGUAGUAUAUCCAGUGAAUGGUAGCGAAGGGAUGGGGCUUCCAUUCCGGACGGCAACUGUUGAUUUGUUUGUUUAUUUGUUUGUUUGUUGUUUAACGCCACACCCAGCAAUA